GAUGCAAAUAAAAUACGACUAAAAAUUAUUCCACAAAAAAUUAAAUUAGAGUUCUCAGUUCUCACCAAGGAUUCAUCUUAAAACAUGUUAAACACUUUCCAAUGUCUUGGUUUCUUUGACAAAGUGUUGAAGUAGGUUGAUUAAGCCCAACAAUUAUUAGUAACAAAUUGCUCCUGAUUUUUGUAUUGCACGUGAGGGGUCAUAACACGUGCACGUGUAAAGUCAUCCAGUUCCAGUAUAUCUUUGUCACUCUAUUCUGUAACUUUUGAUCAAUAGCGAGUGGUUGCUGAAUUUGAGCAACAACAAACCUCAAAAAUGUUUCAUCACUACGUCGUACUACUCUUCUUGUUAUGCACCUCAAUUUCAUCUCAUCAACAUGAUCACGACCCUUCAAUCAUCUCAACCAUGGACCAAUUUUCAGGUUACUCAAUCCUUGAACCCACUUCUAUUUCUUCACUAUCCGUUGAUGCUCAGGGUCUGCAGAACCAGAUUGAUGAACUUUCAGGAUUUUCUGAUGCACCUGCUCCAUCGGUAACCAGGGUUUUGUACACUGAUAAGGAUGUUUUAGCUCGCAGGUAUGUAAAAAAACUCAUGGGAAAUGCUGGUCUAUCUGUGAGAGAGGAUGCUGUUGGUAACAUAUUUGGUCGAUGGGAUGGCAGUGAACCCGAGCUGGCUGCAGUUGCAACAGGUUCACACAUUGAUGCUAUACCUUACUCGGGAAAAUAUGACGGAGUUGUUGGUGUUUUAGGCGCUAUUGAAGCCAUCAAUGUUCUGAAAAGGUCUGGCUUCAAACCUAAAAGACCACUGGAAGUCAUAUCAUUCACGUCGGAAGAACCUACACGCUUUGGAAUAAGUUGCUUAGGAAGCCGCUUAUUGGCUGGGAGUGAGAAUCUUGCAAAUUCUCUAAAGACAGUAGCGGAUGGUCAAAACAUAUCCUUCUUAGAUGCUGCAAGGUCUGCUGGGUACGCAAAAACUGAAGAUGACUUAUCGAGUGUGUUUUUAAAGAAAGGAACCUAUUCUGCUUUUGUAGAAUUGCACAUAGAACAAGGGCCUAUUUUGGAGGAUGAAGGCAUAUCUAUCGGCAUAGUCACUGCCAUUGCAGCUCCGGCAAGUCUAAAAGUUGAAUUUGAAGGAAAUGGUGGCCAUGCAGGUGCCGUCCUUAUGCCUAACAGAAAUGAUGCGGGUCUUGCGGCCGCUGAAUUAGCCCUGGCUGUUGAGAAGCACGUCUUGGAAUCUGGAUCUGUUGAUACUGUUGGCACUGUCGGUAUCCUUGAACUGCAUCCUGGAGCAAUCAAUAGCAUCCCUAGCAAAUCACACAUAGAAAUCGACACUAGGGACAUAGAUGAAAAAAGAAGAAACGAAGUUAUUGAGAAAAUCCAUGAAACAGCAAUUAGAAUAACCAAAACCCGAGGUGUCAAGCUCUCUGAGUUCCAUAUCAUCAAUCAGGAUCCCCCUGCCCUUUCUGAUAAAGUAGUCGUCAAUGCGAUGGAAGCUGCAACAAAAGAGCUAAACUUGACGAGCAAAUUGAUGAUUAGUAGAGCUUAUCAUGACUCUUUGUUUAUGGCCAGAGUUUCUCCGAUGGGCAUGAUUUUCAUUCCUUGCUACAAAGGAUACAGCCAUAAGCCAGAAGAGUUUGCUAGCAUUAAAGAUAUGUCAAAUGGUGUUAAAGUAUUGGCUUUCACCUUAGCCAAAUUGUCCCUUCAGUAAUAUCUUAUGUAAUGUAUUUCUGUUACACCUUAGUAAUUAAAUAAAUUCCAAAAUUUAGAUAUACCACUUUUGUCUUAAAUGAACCAUCUAAUAUGAAAAAUUUCAUACA